AUGCUGAUGCCUGGGAGCUAGCGGCGCGGGGAUGGUGCUGCUGGAGAGCGAGCAGUUCCUGACGGAGCUGACCAGACUCUUCCAGAAGUGCCGGUUGUCGGGCAGCAUGUUCAUCACCCUGAAGAAGUAUAAUGGUCGAACUAAACCCAUUCCAAGGAAAGGUUCUGUAGAGGGCUUUGAGCCCUCAGACAACAAGUGUCUGUUAAGAGCUACUGAUGGGAAAAAGAAGAUCAGCACUGUGGUGAGCUCCAAAGAAGUAAACACGUUUCAGAUGGCUUACUCAAACCUAUUGAGAGCUAACAUGGAUGGACUGAAGAAGAGGGACAAAAAGAGCAAGAGUAAGAAGAGCAAAGCAGCACAGUGAAGGGCACUGCAUAUCAUGCUCUCACCAGUUCACCACCCAGAUACUGUUUUUCCUUUGGUUUUUCCUUUUGGCCACAAAGCUAGGUUUCUCAUUCCCCUGUGAUAACUUUUCAUGUGAGAGGAGGCUCAUUUUGGAUGGAACAAAGGCUGCAGUGUUUACAGGAUAGUUGUAAGAAGCCAAGUUUAUUUUAGAAUUGGUUGAU